GUCUCCUGAAAGUUGGAGUUUUGUGUAAACCUUUGAAAAAUAAAAAUUAGUGCAUAAAUAGUUAUAGAAUAAUUUCGAAGGACAAUUACGGAAUUUUCAAUAUAUAUUUUAUGAUGAAGAAGCUAACUUGUCCAGUGGAGCGAUCGAAGUGAAAAAAUAAAUAUUAACAUGAAUUUGAAUAUUGAUCACAUUCUACACGGCCCAAAGACCGCCAAUCAUACAAAGAAUGGAAACGAUUUUGGAGCACUUAAAAAUUCAACAGCCAACGAAAGCGAAUUUAAUCUACAAAAUGAAGAAUUUAUAUUUGACAGAACAGAUGUUAGAGCUAUAUUUAUCACAUUGUAUACGCUCGUUUUUUGUUGCUGUUUCUUUGGUAACCUUCUCGUUAUACUCGUUGUGACGCUAUCUAGAAGACUAAGGUCCAUCACUAAUUUCUUCUUAGCAAAUUUAGCGGUAGCAGAUCUAUGUGUGGGUGUGUUUUGUGUCUUCCAAAAUUUAACGAUAUACUUAAUACCUAGUUGGGUGUUUGGAGAUUUCUUAUGCAAGAUGUACCAAUUUGUACAUUCCUUGAGCUACACGGCUUCUAUUUUUAUCUUAGUUGUGAUUUGUACAGAAAGAUAUUUUGCAAUAAUUCACCCUAUAACUUGCAAACAAAUAUUAACAUCGAGGAGGUUAAGAUUAGUGAUCCUCGGAGUAUGGAUUACGAGUGCUGCGUACAGCGCACCAAAGUUUAUAUGGGUAGAGACUAUAACAAAUGACUUGGGUGACGGUCACUUAGAGACCAUUUGUAUCCAGCACAGAAUGAAGUACAACUCAGAGAUAUUCGACAUGGUCAACUUUGGUCUACUCUACGUCACUCCACUCUGCGUUAUGACGGUUCUAUACACCCGGAUUGCGGUGGGCCUCUGGCAGAGUUCGAAUGGACUACGGCACAUGGGACAGGCGCAGUGCUGUGCAGCGCAGUGUCCACGCCCGGAGAAGCCUCCAACCGAAAGUUAUGAACCACAGCGAACGUUCAUCGGAACUUCAGAAGCCAAGGGUACUCCAGCUGGACCAGUAAAACCGAAGAAGCGCUCCCGGAAGGAGAGUCGAAGCUGUCAUCACCUCAGUCAUCUGUCAAGAAAUGUGCUGCGGGCGCGGCGCGGUGUUGUGCGUAUGCUUAUAGUAGUCGUCCUGACUUUUGCUAUCUGCAACUUGCCCUUCCAUGCUCGUAAAAUGUGGCAAUACUGGUCAACCGGAUACCAAGGUACAAGCGAUUUCAGCGCCCUCCUUACACCCCUCACGUUUCUCAUUACCUACUUCAACUCUGGUAUAAACCCUUUACUGUACGCGUUCUUAUCUAAGAACUUUCGUAAAGGCAUGAGGGAACUGCUAUUCUGUAACUUUCACAGUAAGAAGAAAAGUGAGAACGUGAUUUUAUUGAAUAGAGUUGGAGGAACGGGAUUACGGAGGAGUUCGACUCGAUCGACACGGGCCAACUGUAGCACGGUGACGAUGGCCCCGAAUGGAGAGUCAUGAGGGUUGUACAGGCAGAGGUUUUUCUAUAGGCACACGGAAGUUUCCUGAUUAACGGAGAGCACCGACGAGGUGACCGAAAGCAGCGGACUCUACACCAUAUCCACGAUAUCACGGAAGGACUUGUAUGACUGAGUGAUGUGCUGUAACUGAAUAACUUGUGAUCUCAUGAGCUUACAAAAUGAACGUUAAUGUUAUGAUUGUAUUACUAUGUGUUGAAGAGAUUAAUAUAUCGCGGAACUCGUUAACUUAUAAUUAAAUAUUACAAUAUAAUUUGAAGGAUUAUUAUUAUUGAAGGAAAAUUAUUAUUGCUAUCGCUACCUAGUCAUUGAAUUCCGCGACAGUAGAACUAAAGCAUAUCG